AUUGUCACGGCCUGCAUCCGCUGCCUGGCGGCUCCGUUAGGGCUUAGGGUUUAGGGCUUAGGGUUUUUCCAGAACUUCUUCGCCCAACUCGCUUAGCCGCGCUGACUCAGCAUCACACCUCCCGCUGCUUGUUCCUUCGCUGUGUGUUUGUCGGCAGCAAUUCUGAAGGGAAGGUCGACGACGACGACGACGACGACGAGAGACGAAACAACAAUCCAACCUCCCACCACCGCCAACUCCCCCGCCCUUCUCCCAAUUCUUCUGUUCGUUCGGUCGGAAAUCCAGCUUCGUUCAACUAAUCAUGGCUGACGCUCCCCGUGGUGGUGCCCGUGGAGGUUUCGGCUCGCGUGGCGACCGUGGUGGUGACCGUGGCCGUGGACGAGGACGUCGUGGCCGUCGCGGCCCCAAGAGCGACGAGAAGGAAUGGCAGCCCGUUACCAAGCUCGGCCGUCUCGUUAAGGCCGGCAAGAUUAGCAGCAUGGAGCAGAUCUACCUGCACUCGCUGCCCAUCAAGGAAUACCAGAUCGUCGACUUUUUCCUGCCCAAGCUGAAGGAUGAGGUUAUGAAGAUCAAACCAGUCCAGAAGCAGACCCGUGCCGGUCAACGCACACGAUUCAAGGCCAUCGUUGUCAUUGGCGACUCAGAGGGACACGUUGGUCUCGGAAUCAAGACCUCUAAAGAAGUAGCGACUGCCAUCCGUGCCGCCAUUAUCAUCGCUAAGCUCUCCGUUCUCCCCGUCCGCAGAGGUUACUGGGGCUCCAACCUCGGUGAGCCUCACUCGCUCCCCACAAAGGAGAGCGGAAAGUGCGGUUCCGUCACUGUUCGGUUGAUCCCCGCCCCCCGUGGUACUGGCCUCGUCGCUUCCCCAGCCGUCAAGCGCCUCCUCCAGCUCGCCGGUGUCGAAGACAUCUAUACCUCCUCCUCCGGCUCCACCAAGACCCUCGAAAAUACCCUGAAAGCCACCUUCGUCGCUGUCGCCAACACCUACGGAUUCCUAACACCUAACCUGUGGAAGGAGACCAAACUCAUCAGAAGUCCCCUAGACGAGUUUGCUGAUGUGCUGAGAGAGGGCAAGAAGUACUAGGCGUUUCUUAUUUGUGCUUUGUUUUUUUGCGUUGAUGUCAUUUUACGAAUUAAUUGAUUCGUUUAUCAAUUGAGUCGAAAUUUCGUGGAUGUGGAUAAAAUUACAUUUCUGAAAAAAACGAUUCCAUGAGAUGAAGAAAUGAUCGCAUUUGAUUAGGUACACUACGCAUUCCACAAAAAGUAGCCGGGUACAAAUUAAUUUCUUCUUGGUGUUCUACCCUCCCUUCUUGCGAUACGCAUUUCGAUAUUAUAUAUAUGUAUACCUUGGGAGAUGAAUGUUUACCCGUUCUGCUUCUCCCGAGCAACACAGACAACGGUCGAUUAACAGGAGCGACUCAACUUGGUAAAUUUUCCGCACCUCGGCAAACGAGCGUAUGCAAUUCAAGGAGAACCAGAGUCCAGCGCUUUUCAGAGAGGGGUUAUUUUGCCUGUUUACGCCUAAAUAUGUCUUUUUAAGACCGUCUGCGAGACAACCAUUUUGCGUUUAUCAGCAUGCAGCCCUCUCAAAUGCCAAACCGGCCCUUACCCGGCUGGCCCCCUUUACGAGCGGCUACUGCGCUGUGUUUUCAAGCGUGGAGACAAAUUGGAUUCCCUGAUAGAAAUAGAGACAGAAUGUAUCUCGCUUCCAUUUAGACAAUGGUAUUUCGGAGAGAGGAGUGGGCUGCAAGUGCUGAUGGGUUAGAUAUCUGUUCUUCUCAAGGGGUUGGUUGGUUAUAUGCAAUGCGCCAACGGAUAUGACCCCGCGAAUUCAUAACUAGACAAUGUCUAAGCAGUUUGUACUGAAUGAAUCCUAUGAGCUUUUCUGCAGACAAAGGAUGGUGCGUCUAUACGUAUCGUACGACAUGUAUCUCAGGUUCCUUUUUUUCUAUGAACGGAACAUAUAUUGCGAUUGCAGGCGGAUUCAUCUAUAUGCCAUUGGGAUAGUUAAUUAGUCACUUCGAGUCAAUGAGAAUGAAGUAUUUUGAUAGUAUUUCUUAAAUGGAAGAACAGAAUGUAUAUAGGAUUUCUCUCUAUUCGCAUCUCAUCGCCAGCAGAACAACAACAUGCCAGCUCUGGAGAAGCAAGUCACUAUAGCAACACCUUCACCCAUUCACCCUGAACAUGUAUUGCUCUUUGGAACUCAACUUAGCUCGAUGCAAUCCAUUUCUGCCUUCGAUGCUUGUUGUCAUACAUCACCCAUAAAAGCUUCACUCGAAAUCAACACAC